UCUUUCUACAGCAAACGCCAUGAAUCUUCAUCGAGCUUCAGCUGGGGCUGGACUUUCCAGCUCUAUUUCUCGGGCUUUCCGACCAAGAACAGCUUCGCUCUUUUGCUCCUCCGGACGCUCAUUAAACUCUCUUUCUCAAAACCAGCAAGCUACUUUUUCAGGCUGUCCAGACAGCUACAAAAGCAAUGUGAGCAGUUGUGGAAACACUGGGUUCUCUAUUUUGGGAAGUUUGAGCCAAAAUUUGGCUUCUUUGAAAGUGAAGCAGACGCCAUCUUUGCCGUGUGCUCUCGCUUUUCGGAGUUUUAUACAUUCUGGUGAUGCAAAGAAGGCUGAUACCGGAAGCAUUUCUAGACCUGGUACAGGUAGCAUUUCUAGACCUGAUACAGGGAGCAUUUCUAGGCCCGAGACAGGGAGCACUUAUAGACCUGAUACAGGGAGCACUACUAGACCAAUGGACUUUGUUAGAGGAAUUAUAGAGGAAAGUGGAAUACGUGGAUUUGGAGGAUUUCCUCUUUCGCCCUAUACUGUUGAGCAGAAUGCUGAUAUCGUGCAUAUGAAGCUGCUUCGAAACAAUACUUUUAUUACCCUGACAGAUUCAAAAGGAAAUAGAAAACCUGGAGAGAGACUAUCUGCUUCUGCAGGAUCUUUGCCAGACAAAGGAGGAAAAGUUUCUCGAUAUGGUGCUGAAGCGGCUGCAGAACACGUUGGGCGUGAAGCUAGGAAAGCUGGAGUAAAGUCAAUUGUGGUGAAAGUUAAUGGGUUUACUUUCUUCAAGAAAAAGAGACAAGCAAUAAUGGCUUUUCGAGAAGGCUUUACACGUGGCCGGGGAGAUCAAAGUCCAAUAGUCUAUAUUGAGGAUACGACUCGUCGUUCUCAUAAUGGAUGCCGUCGUCCAAAAAAGCGCCGCAUAUAGAUGUUGAAGCUGGAUUUGUAACUUUCAGCAUUUUGGGAUGGAGGCAAUUAGUCUGAUGGAUAGUGAAGAAUGUAGAUCACAUCUGAGCUAUAAAUAAAGAGAUAGAAAUUGACUCCUCCCUCCUAAAAGUGCUGUCAAAUGUAGGAAAUGGCAAGUAGAAAGUUGAGCGCAGCCACAGGUCUAUAAAUUCCUUAUGUGAUGUUUGGUUUUUGAAAACCUUAGACUUCUGUACAAGCAUUGCCUGGUGAUAUCUUUUCUGCGUUAGCAUUACAGCUUCUAAAGAUGUUUAGAGAACUAUUUACAUGUUCUAUGUGAUCGGGAGAUUUUGUUAAAUCUACCAUUAGUUCAGGCAGUGAAUGACUCUCUUAUC